CCAUCAUCAUCUUUUGAUUUCCUUCACCGGUGUCGUGCGCUCUGAUUCUCUCAACGAUACCCUACUUCCACCAGCGAAGACAUGGGUCCGGGACCAUCUGCAAGCCAUGAGGCUGAAGCCUAUGAGCUGACCGAGAAUGGAGAAGUCGCGUCUGCUUCGCGACGAGCACGAGUUUCUCACUAUGAGGAUGGCACGACCAUUGACUGGCUUUGGGAGGAAGCAGCCGACAGGGAACACUCGAAUACGCAGCGCGCCCAACGCGGUACGCGUGGUCUAGUGCUGCCCUGGCUGGACGCGGCACAGAUGUGGCUGGUUGUGAUUCUGACUGGCUUCGGGAUCGGAUUGGCUGGGGGAUGGCUCGACGUUCUUGUCAAGUGGCUCGGGGAUUUGAGAGAAGGACGCUGUUCCUAUGGGUUCUUCUAUAAUCAAGUCGCAUGCUGUAGCGGAGUGAAAGGCGUGUUAAAGUUGCCUGGAGAACUAUGCACUGAGUGGAAGACUUGGGGUGAAUAUUUGGGCGUGAACUUCGUGCUCGCGCAAUCUUUGUUGCAUUCUUUUGUCUACGUCUCUUUAGCAGUCGUGUUCGCUGGGAGCGCAGCUGUCCUCGUUCAAAAUUACGCGCCGUACGCUUUUCAUACCGGAAUUCCGGAGAUCAAGGCAAUACUCGGGGGUUACGUGCUUUGGGCUUUUUUGUCCCCGUGGACACUUCUCAUCAAGGCUCUCGGACUUGCUUUAGCUGUUGCUUCCGGUCUCUCGCUGGGAAAAGAGGGACCACUCGUCCAUGUUGCUUGUUGUAUGGCCUAUUUCUUUGCGCGGUUCUUCAAGCGAUUCCGCGAAAGUGAAGCCCAGAAACGAAAGCUUUUGGCUGCCGCUGCCGCUGCGGGGGUCUCCGUAGCUUUCGGCAGUCCCCUUGGAGGUGUACUAUUUGGUCUAGAAGAAUUGGACACAUUCGCUAACGAAUCUGAAGUCAUGUGGAGAGGAUUCGUUGCAUCUGCCUUGGCAGCCGUGUCAUUGCAAUGGGUCAAUCCCUUUGGCACUUCGAAGCUUGUGCUCUUCCAAGUGACCAGCGGCAGCGAUACCUGGCGAGCAUUUGAGUUGAUUCCAUGGAUGUUCUUGGGUGUCUUGGGUGUCUGUUCGCAUCUCACUCACGGUGUUUGCACUGAUUAUAUUGCAGGGAUUGCUGGGUGCUGUCUUGAUCAAACUCAACGUCGAAGUAGCACUUUACAGACGGAACAGUGCUCUUUACCAUUGGCCUGUGCUGGAAGUCGUUGGUGUCAGCGCAGUCACAGCGGCGAUCAGCUAUCUUGUUGUCUUUUCACGGCGAGCCCUGCUAUCAAUCUGCGAGGUCCAGUCCUCAUCCUGCAUAGGGUGCAAGCUUCGGAACUUGUCGCCAAUCUGUUCCAAGAGUGUGAUCCCAGCAAGAUUGACUACCAUGGAUUGUGCAACCCAAGUGCAAUGUGGGAGAACGUCUUCCUCCUGCUUCUUACUGCUGCCCUCAAGAUCUUGCUCACUGCAUGGACCUUCGGGAUGAUGAUUCCCGCUGGGAUUUUCCUGCCCACUAUUGCGAUUGGAGCCUGUCUUGGUCGUGCAGUUGGAAUCUUGACACAAGGCCUGCAUCGUGCUUAUCCCACUGCCUGGAUCUUUCUCUCUUCAUGCCCUCCGGAUCCAUCUGUCCGAUGUGUUUCGCCCGGUUUCUACGCUGUUAUCGGGGCUUCCGCCAUGUUGGCUGGCGUGACUCGCAUGACUAUUUCAUUGGUGGUCAUUCUGUUCGAACUCACAGGCGCUCUAUCCCACGUGUUGCCCAUUAUGAUCAGUGUCAUGACGGCGAAAUGGGUCGGAGAUGCUAUGGGGAAGGAUGGCGGAAUCUACGCCGUAUGGAUCGCGAUGAGAGGCUAUCCCUGGCUCCCUCCGGUCCACUUCCAGGACAAGGGUGAGAUCGCCUCUCAAAUCAUGCGUCCGGUCGAGCGUCUGGUGGUCAUCGAAAACGACAGAGAGACAGUGUCAGAUCUAGAGACCAUGCUGAAGGAUCACGAAUUCCACGGUUUUCCGGUUGUUCACCGGCAGGAGUAUCUGGGCUUUGUGACUCGGGAUAGACUCGCGACGGCUUUGGAAGCAGUAACCGGUGAUGGGACCGGUUCCGAUCAACCCAGACGAUGUGUUUUCUUGAAGCGCGACUUUGUCGAUAACAGCACCCAAGUCAAUCUCGUCGAUGUUCUUGAGGAGUCUGUGCUGCAGCUUCGCAAGGAAGUGCCUAAAGAGCUUGUGAUCAGCAUGUUUCAGAAGCUGGUUUGUUUUGACGAAUCUGCGUCAGAUUAUGUUCACCACUCGAGGAAAGUUGACGGGAAUGCUGACCAAGUCGGACGUCGUGGCCAUUUUGACGAAUCACCUCCCACAUACGUCAGCUUUGGCUGGCAAACGGGAGAGUUGGACAUAGGGCAUUGGACAUCGUGCCUUUGUCGAGUGAUGGUUGUAUUCACAAUUGUAUAAUUAGUCUACCAUCUGAAUCUGAUAAUUUACCUAGAGAUCGAACAACUCGAAUUGACCGUCCGCCAGACCACCAAAAUAGCACGUCAACGCUUUGAGCUUGUUACUCAUCCAGGCCUCUUCGAUCUCAACCAUCUCCUGCGGCUCUGUCUUUUCCGUGAUCAAUCCUGCAAUCUCCUGCACACUUGUGUUUCGCGGAAGGUAGUAUGCUAUGUUUCGAGUGAUUUUCCUGGAAAGAUUGAAUAGUUCCGUCCCAUCUAUUGGCUGAAUGAAAGCCAGAGAGUAGCUAGGGUGAACAUUUUCUUCGCCCACACUAGUAGCCUUCACGGGGGAAGCUGGACGCGUGUCACCUUGCAGAUAUCCGGGUCCUCCCCACGGAGGACUCAGAAAGAUCACGUCAAUCUUGCGAGGAGAUUUUGCAGAAGUGGAAAGAUGCGCCUCGGCGAAAGACACGUAGUCCCCCAGGAUGAAUUCGAUCCUGUCUGCCACCCCAUAUAUCUGGGCGUUGUGCCGAGCUAGUGCCAGCCGUGUUGGGGACACAUCCAUGGCAAUGACUUCGGGAGUGAGACGCGCCGGGGUGUAGAUUCAAUCGACGCACCUCGCUCACACGUUUUGGCAAAGGCGAUCGCGUUCCCUCCAACACCACAAAACGCGUCCAGGAUAGUACCGCAGCGACAUCGUUCUGCGAUGUGGUCGGCGACGCGUUCAGGUGUGACGCUGUACCAGCCCUCUUCGUCAAGAAGGCAUCCGUCCUCGUACAGUGAGAAGUAUCGCGUGCGCUGAGCGAAAUCUGAGCAGGUUGUCGAACGAAUCGGCCAAGAGAUGAGGAGGGAGACAGAGAGCAGACGGACAUUUUUGUAGAUGAUCAGGAACUUCAGACGAGUGUACAUAGUGAGGAACUAGCCCAGAAGCAUCGUAACUUUGCACCCAAUCCGAAGUCUCAUGCGUAGGCGUUAAUGUGAUCUGGGUCGCAGUGUCGGGACCUGUUUUUCUUUUUUUUGCGGGCGGCACUUCGAGGUCUGUAUCUUUGAUGCUUGUUUGUUCUGGAUGUUCCGCUGUGAGAAACCGGGCGAGUCCAGAAAUGCCUCCCCGCUUGCCCAUGACGAAGAAAGGUCGAGAAAGUGUGUUCGCGUUUGUGACACUAGUCACAUACCGUGUGAAUUCCCGCUCGACCAAAGACCACCAGUACUACUUUCACUUAGGCCCUCGAAAAGAUGUUCUUCAUCAAAGAACUCACCCAUACUAUUCUCUUGCACCCAUCUUACUUUGGGCCGCGCAUGCUGAAUUUUCUGGAGUCCAAGCUUUAUUCCGACGUUGAGGGAACAUGUUCUGGGCAAUACGGAUACAUCAUUGCGGUGGUAUCGAUCCUUGACAUCGGAAAGGGCAUGGUGCUCAGCGGGAGCGGACAAGCAGAGUUUAUAACACGGUACCGCGCAAUCGUGUUCAAACCGUUCAAGGGUGAGGUGGUGGACGGCGUGGUGAACAAUGUGAACAAGAUGGGCUUCUUCGCGGAUGUUGGACCCUUACAGGUGUUCGUCUCACAUCAACUGAUACACCCUGACCUCAAAUUCGAUUCCAAUUCUAAUCCUCCCUCUUUCGCUUCGGCCGAUCAAAUCAUCGAGAAAUCGACACAUGUACGGCUAAAGAUUGUUGGUACUCGAGUGGAUGCUACAGAGAUUUUUGCGAUCGGGACCAUAAAGGAAGACCAUCUGGGGGUUAUUGACUAAUGAAACAUCCUUUUCGAUAUCAUUUCAUCCUUCUUUGUGUUUUUGCUAGUCAGCAGUGAUGUUGCGGGUCAGAUUGGCCCAGAGCAGAAUUCCCGCAUAACAUUCAUCCGGUUGUACACAGAGCAAGUGACACUA